UUACUUUUUACUUUGUGAAUAACAAAAUCGAAAAAAAUAAGUAUUUUUUGUAAAUUAUCUUUAGUUUAUUCCAACUUAAUAUCUAAAAAAGACUAUCUUUAGUAGAGCUAGAAAAAGAAGAUAUUAAAACAUUUGUAACAUUUAUUAUUAAGAAUUUAUAAAGUUAGACUUAAAAUUAUAGAUAGUUAAACGUAGAAAAUGGGAAGCUUUUUUACUAAAAAUAAAACACCUAGAAGCCGCGUCACCGAGCAAGACAAAGCUGUAUUGCAGUUGAAGCACCAACGUGAUCUUUUAAAGCGAUAUCAAAAGCGGAUACAACUGAGUUUGGAGAAUGAUCGUCAAUUAGCUAAGAAAUGUUUAGCUAGUGGACGCAAAGAGCGAGCGAAGCUAUUAUUGCGUAAGAAAAAGUUUCAGGAAACUUUACUGAUGAAUACCGACAAACAAUUGGAAAAUCUUGAAAAAUUAGCAACAGAUAUUGAAUAUGCACAAGUGGAAGCGAAUGUAGUGGACGCUUUAAAGCAAGGUAAUGAAGCUCUUAAGAAAAUGCACGCAAUGGUUGAUAUCAAUGAAAUUGAGAGAAUUAUGGAUGAGACGCGCGAAGGCGUGGAAAAGCAACGAGAAAUUGACUCGUUACUUUCAGAGGCACUAUCCGAACAGGAUGAAAAUGAUGUUUUAAUAGAAUUAGAUGCUUUAGUUGCUGAGGAGGAAGCGGAGAAGUUUAAAUUACCUGAAGUUCCUCAAGACGAGCUGUCUCUGCCUUCAGCAGAUGAAACGCCGAAAGAAAGCAAAGCUGCCAUUAUAGAGAAACCAAAAAAGAUUCUAAUAGAGGCCUAGUAUAUAUAGUCCACAAUGUU